AGCUCCUAUGAUAAGACAAAAUGUUUCCGAGCUAUAUAAAUAUAUUGAAUUGUAUAUGAAUCAACUGGGUUAUUGCGGCCAAUGGUGUAUCAUAUUUUACGUCACAUUGAAAGUAUUAAGCAUUCCUCCUGCUCCUCAAGUUGCAGAAAGCCUUCCUCAUCAGCAUGAUCAUCAUCUCUUCUGCGUUACAUCUAUUCAUAGCCCUUUCAUUUUACCCUUUCAGUGCUGUUAUUCCUCGCCAUGCUGACAAAGCAAGGAGAAGUCAUGUGGCCUAGAUUAGUGGCUAGUAAGAUAUUGAAUAAGCGAUUGGGAAGCAACAACUUCGUGGCAGAUUGUUCAACUAACCUGGAACCAUUAUUGGGCAUCACAAGCAUUGAUGAUCAGUCGACUCUGAUCUCCAACACCAAUCUUAACGAUCUCAAGGAUACUCAAAAUUACAAGAUGUUUGUUAGCACGUGGAACGUAGGAGGGGUUGCACCGGAUGAAGAUUUGAACAUAGAGGAUUUGUUGGAGACAGGUGGCACCACCUGUGACAUCUACGUGCUUGGGUUUCAAGAAACAGUGCCUCUUAAGGCAUCAAACGUACUCGGAUCUGAGAACAGGAAGAUCUCCAUGAAAUGGAACUCGUUGAUCAGAGAAGCUUUGAACAAGAGAAUAAGGGAUCGUAGGGAUAUGUGGAAUAAUGGUGAGAAUAAUAAUAAUAUUAAAAAUAAUAAGGAGGAGGAGGUGGACAUUCCAGCUCUGUACAAUAAAAUAGCCCCACAAGAUUUCCAGUGUAUCAUUAGCAAACAAAUGGUUGGUAUCUUAAUAUCUGUGUGGGUUAGGAGACAUCUCCGUCCAUUCAUUCAGCAUCCAAGUGUCUCAUGCGUAGGCUGUGGCAUCAUGGGCUGCUUAGGAAACAAGGGUUCUGUGUCCGUACGAUUUCAGUUACAUGAAACAAGCUUCUGCUAUGUGUGCAGUCAUCUGGCUUCUGGGGGGAGAGAAGGAGAUGAAAAGCUUAGAAACUCUAAUGUGUCUGAAAUCUUUUCCAGGACAAGCUUUCCGAGAGGCCCUUUGCUUAAUUUGCCUAAAAAGAUUCUUGAUCAUGACCUGGUAAUAUUGCUUGGAGAUUUAAAUUAUAGAAUUUCUCUACCAGAAGAAACGACACGCUUACUUGUUGAAAGAGAACACUGGGAUUCCUUACUAGAAAAUGAUCAGCUAAGGAUGGAGCUAAUGAGUGGGAGCAUGCUAAGAGGGUGGCAUGAGGGAACAAUCAAAUUUGCGCCAACCUACAAGUACUGUCUCAACUCAGACAUGUACUAUGGAUGUUGUUACCAUGGAAAAGGGGCAGAGAAGAGGAGAGCUCCUGCAUGGUGCGAUCGGAUAAUAUGGUAUGGCAAGGGUUUGAAGCAGCUUCAGUACACGAGAAGUGAAUCAAAGUUGUCAGACCACAGGCCCGUGAAGGCAAUGUUCAGAGCAGAAGUGAAGGUUAUACCAACACUGAAGAACUUGCAUAGCCUGCUUCUAUCAGAGAGAUUUGAGCAGCUUAAAUCCCACAUUCAAGUUUCCACCCCUGAUGAGUUAUUAUGUAAAAAGCAAUCAAGCUUCCGGUUAUAGAGCAAUUAUUUGUGUGAUUACGUACAUGAUUAAAUUUUUAAUGCUAUAUAUAUUCUGAAAAACUUAAAAAAAAUGGGGCAAGAGAAGAGGAGAGAGUGGGAGACGAAGAGGAGUAAAUUGUCAAUGCAGGGGACAGAUGAUAAUAUAAUUAUAGUUUUUCUUUGUUGAUGAUGUAUGGCGAAGUUUAGCUGCUUUAUUAUUUUAUAGAUCUAGUUUUUUUAUCCAAGGUUAAUUGUAUUCCA